GUCAGAAGUCAGUAAAGCGCAGUCAGGGUCAGACAUGGUUUCAUUCUUGCCUUCAGAUGCUCAAAAUGUGCACAAAAGAAGAUGGGCUGACAGAACAUCACCGUUAGCACACACAAGUCGGCACAGAAAGCAGAAAUUUACGUGCAAGCUUAGCGACUCCGGGUUUGAGGACGAAUUGUUGUUGUCUCCAGUUCCAUCUCCAGACCAGACCAAAUUGCUCCCCCUGCGCGCAGAAUCCCAGUCAGGGCAGCUGUCCUGGUACCGUCAGUAUGGCGACACUGGCUACAGGAUCCAGAAGGAAAGGGAAACUCACUUCCAUCCCUGUAAGAGUCUGGCGCGCCAGCCACAGCUCAAUGCAGAAGCUCGGUGCAAGCUCGUCAGCUGGCUCAUUCCUGUACACCAACACUUGAGUUUGUCCUUUGAGUGUUGCUGUCUGACCAUAAAUAUCAUGGACAGGUUCCUUGCAUCCACUCCAGUGGCUGCAGACUGCUUUCAGUUACUGGGAGUCACUGCACUUCUUCUUGCCAGUAAACAGGUUGAAGUGUGCUCGCCGAAAAUCAGUGAUCUCUUGUCCUUGUGUUGUGAUGCCUUCACCAAGGAGCAAUUGUGUAACCUGGAGUGUUUAAUACUUGUUCGUCUAAACUUCCGACUUUGUGCACCAACUCUGGCAUUUUUCUUAGACUGUUACAACUUCAAGAGUGGAGAGGCUGCUACUGCACUGAACAAGAAUGACAAAACAAGGACCAGUCGCUGCAGUAAACUUGCCCAAAAACUGUGUGAGUUAAGCCUUGCAGAUUAUGCUUUUAACAAAUAUUCUGCAUCUCUCACAGCCAGAUGUGCACUGCAGCUGGCCACUGAAACAGCACAAGCAACUCAAGAACCACUGCAUUUACAGGGCAAGGAGUGGGAGAGCUUUUUGAAUAAGUCAGAUAGUAGUUCAACAGACAGUAACUAUUCUAACAGCAGCCUGUCAGGUGAUCUGGUAAAAAUCAAGGAAUAUAGUUUGAUUCAAGAGUGUACAAACAACCUCAGGUUACUGGCAUCACUAAACCAGGAGGCAUUGACAAUGUUGUAAGCUCUUCCAAACAACUAUUUUGGAUUGUUAUGUAUACCUCAUUCACAAUUAA